UCGGAGGGAACACACACCCACACACAACCUGUUCACGUGCAACAAGUGUCAGCUGGAGCUCAUGACAGGACCCCAGCUCAUCUGAACAACCACAGCAGAGGUUGCAACACACAGCACGGGCUCACCCUGCCAUCUGUCCACCGGGGACCACCGGAGGCCCUGCGGCCCUACGUAUUUUUAUUUGAAGCAACUGAGCAGAAGAGGACCAAAACUUUUUCUUAUCUGCCUUCGUCAAUCACUAGAGGAGAUAUUUUGAGAGAAAAAUAAUGGAGGAUCACCUUACAAAGAUACCCAUGAUGCCAUCCUCUUCCCCCACAGAGUCAUCUGGCAGCGGUGGGACUGAUGACAGCAGGGGAGCCAAGAGUCCUGCACCGGGCAAAGCUCUGAGCCCAGCUCUGGUCUGCAAAGUGUGUGGAGACACCAGCAGCGGGAAACACUACGGCAUCUACGCCUGCAACGGCUGCAGCGGCUUCUUCAAGCGCAGUGUGAGGAGGAGACUCAUUUACAGGUGCCAGGCCGGUACAGGCAUGUGUCCAGUGGACAAGGCUCAUCGUAACCAGUGCCAGGCAUGUCGGCUGAAAAAGUGCCUGCAGGCGGGCAUGAAUAAGGACGCGGUUCAGAACGAGCGGCAGCCCCGCAGCACAGCUCAGGUCCGCCUGGACUCCAUCGAUGUGGACCCGGAGAAGGAGCACCUGGCCACCACACGGGAACCCACCUCCUCUUCUUCCUCCUCCUCUUCCUCAUCUUCUUCAUCAUCCUCCAAUGGGUCUGUCAUCACGUGGCCCCACAUCACCUCCUCCAUGUCCAUCACUUCCUCUGUUGCAACCCAGCGCUGCAUCAGUCCCCAGAACAACCACCGCUUUAUGGCAAGCCUCAUGACAGCUGAGACCUGUGCCAAGUUGGAGCCUGAGGAUGUUGAUGAAAACAUAGAUGUGACCAGCAAUGAACCAGAGCAGGCGUCUUCAGAGUACCACAUGGCUUUGUACCCGUCUGGUUCUGAAAAUGUAUACGAGACCUCAGCAAGGCUUCUCUUCAUGUCCGUGAAAUGGGCCAAGAACCUGCCCGUUUUCUCCAACCUGCCCUUCAGAGACCAGGUCAUCCUGUUGGAGGAAGCAUGGAGUGAACUCUUCCUCCUCUGCGCCAUCCAGUGGUCUUUGCCACUAGACAGCUGCCCACUGCUGUCUUUGCCAGACCUCUGCCCUGGCAUGCAGGGAAAAACCAGCUACACUAGCCUGGACCUGCGCCUCCUACAGGAGGUCUUCAGCCGCUUCAAGGCCCUCGCUGUUGAUCCUACCGAGUUCGCCUGCCUGAAGGCCAUUGUGCUCUUCAAGCCAGAGACUCGAGGUUUGAAAGAUCCAGAACAAGUGGAGAACCUGCAGGAUCAGUCGCAAGUCAUGCUGGGACAACACAUACGGUCACACUACCCUAGCCAACCAGCCAGGUUCGGAAAGCUGCUUCUUCUCCUUCCCUCUCUGCGCUUUGUGAAUUCUGAGCGGAUAGAGCUGCUGUUCUUCCACAGAACCAUUGGAAACACUCCCAUGGAGAAAUUGCUGUGUGACAUGUUCAAAAACUAAAAGAAUCACAGAGAAACCCAUGCAGUCAUCAGUAAUGUCCUGUUUUGGAUGGGAUGAUGACUGACAGAUAUUUGUUUUGUAUAUAUACAAGAGAUUCUGCAUGCUGUUGUUUGUUGUCUUCUUUUGUCACCUCCACAUCAGUUAAUUUGACAAAGAAGAAAAUGCAGUUCAGUUUUUGUCAUAAUGCGUUUUCUUUGUAUUAUAUCAAGAGUCUCUGAUUUGAAGUUAUGGUCAUACUAGUUUUGUUGUUGUUGUUUGUUUCAAUAAAAAUACUUUGUUUGGUAAUAGUGUAAUUUGUUUGGUAACGUGUGUGUGGCCCUGCUGAUGUUAAUGUGACUGUUGUAUUUAUGUUGUUACGCCUUGAAAAAGUAAAAACAAAGAAGAAAAAAUC